UGUGGCCAGAGUUUCCACCGAUUUGCAAUCAUAUGGUGCUCUUUGCAUUAUUAAAUUAGCCAGCACACCGGCUACGUUCUUCCAAAAAUGUGUUUAUUUUUAAACCUGGUGCUGCUGGUUCUCGCUGUCUGCUUCACAGAGGCCCAAACUUCAAGGCGGGAGCAGGCGCCUAUCGCCGAGUGUCCUGGUCGCAGCGUGCCACAAGUCAGAGCCGGGGCAUCUGACUUCGAGAUUGCGAUGAUUUUCCACUACGUGUCCUGGUCGAGUGAGGCCAAGCAAGCCAAAACGCUCUACGAUGGACUGGCACACUAUUACCACGAAUAUGCGUUCUUCGGGGCCGUCGACUGCUGGCAUUUCCAGUGCAAUUGCAGCAGCACUCACGUGCCAAAUCCAGGAGUAGUUGGCGCUGGCGGCUAUCCGGACAAGUGGCCCACUCUGAUAGUGCGCUACAACCAACGAAAUAUUCUUCAAUACUCCGGAGAAUGGAACUUUGAGGAUCUCGCGCGGUUCAUGAACUAUCUGAUCGAGCCCGUCGAUCGGGUGCACACCAGCCUGGAGCUGGCAGGACUGAGGAAACACUCAGAUGCUGUUGUCCUGGCGCUCCUGGACUCUGCAGACAGUCUGGCAUACAAACGCUAUAUAGCGGCCGCUGUCUGCUGGCUGGAGUUCGAUCCCGAAAGGAAUAUACGGUUCGCCCUUAACUUUGGAAAGAGUGCAAAGAGCAUGUUGAAAGGGGAAGACGUCACACUGCCGCAGUUGGUUGUCAUAGACAGCAGGAAUGGUGUGCAUACGUUCAACACAUCGUCCAGUGACUGGCGAGCUUUGGGCAUAGUCCGAUGGGUACGUCAUACCCUCAAGAGUCUGGUGUUCUUUUCGAAUGGUUAUGGAACCCCAACGACAAUAGCUUUGAAGGCGCGCUACACUCCCGUGCUGGCCAUGGGCGUAAGGAUGCAUCAGAGCCAUCAGAGUGCCAUGCCCAUGGUAAUGGUCAAAGAAAUGGCUUCCGAGCUGAAAAAACAGACAGACAGCUGUGAUUCGUAUUGGGCCAAAGACGACAGCCAUGCAAACGUAGAUUCCCUGUUGCAAAUGCCAGCGGAACUUUAUGAAAAAACCUCUGAGGAUAGAGAACAACGUGGCAAGCAAUGCUACAGAGCCUGGCAGCUGAAUGCUGCGACUCUGGCCAACUACUAUAGAAUCAACAAGUACCUCAAUUAUGUCUGGCUACACUACACCCACCAGAACCACCUAGAGCUCUCGGUAGGCAGGGGCACGGAGUCGCAAAGCCUGCUGGCCCUGCACCGGCGCAAUUUGUGCCUCGCCCAUUCCAACCAUGGCACGCCGGCCAUGAAGAUUGGCAUCGCCAAUAUGGUGACCAAGUACAGCCAACUUAUCUGGAAAAAUUCUGGGGAGGAUUUCCCAAAGAAUCGAUCUCUGGGUGUCGUGAUCUUUGAUUCCAUUAAAUACGGCGACUAUCUGCAGCAGUUGGGCAUACAGCAGCAUCAGCACCACCAUCCCCACGAGCGAGAUUCCUCAGCGGUGCAGGUCUUCAUUUUGGACAUGGCCGAGGAGGCCCUCCAUGUAAUGCCGCAGGACCGUCCCUUCUCGUAUGUGGCCCUCAAGGAUUUCAUCCGUCAGUUCUAUGCCAAAACACUACCGAAGGUUUAUAAGAACGCGUUGCCACCUCCGGACACGGCUUUCCAUCGCUAUUUCAACCGACAAAUGCUUCUGCAGGCUCUCCAGCGGCCAAACGCCACGAAUGUGGUAUUCAUGUAUCGUCCAGACUGUGCCUUGUCCGCCGUACUAUCUCAAGCAUUUCUCCAGGUGUCGGCGUUGCUCACCAGUCCAAGCGUAAAUUUCAUACGCUUUGACAGCCAGGCCAACGAUCUUCCAUGGGAGUUCUCCAUGCCGCUCUGCCCCUCUCUGCUUGUCUUUCCGGAAGCGCGUCCCACCGAAUCCGUCGUGUUUCCGAAUUAUGUCCGGAUUGAUGUGAAGAAUGUAUUUGCGUUUGUUAUCGCUCAACUGGAUCCAGAGCAGCAAUUGCGAUCGGUGCUGGCCAGCUGUCGACGACGGAUGAAGCAUGUCCGAAGCUGCCUGGACUUUGCCCGCAGUUUGGUACUCAAGCAUGUGGGCCAGUACCUGAAAUACUGGGAGAUCUAUGAGCACGAGCGCAACCAGAUACUCUCGCAUCUCAAAGAGUUCAACGAUAUGCACUUAGCCAUAGAUCGCAGCAUAAGAUUAUAGCAUCGCCCUUCAUCCUAAAUUCUGUAGGCCAUUGUUUACUUAAGAUAAGUUGUUUCCUACCAGACUGUAGUUCGUAAACUGUAAAGCCAAACCAUGUUUUUAAUUAAGUAUUAAACACUCAUAGCUAUAAGAAAGA